CGCUGUAUUCCAAAUAAAUUAAUCAGCCAAAGAGUAUUCUCAAAAGUAGUGCGGUGUUAACUCCGCCCACGAAGGGAGAUAACUUAGUCUGUUGUAAAAAAUGGCGGUGUUAAAAUUUCCCUCUUUUAUUGACGCCGACAAUUACAUCAGAGAGGAAGAAAUCAAAAAAUGCGAACGUUUUGUUUUUUUGGCAAGACGUGGGUCACCGAAGUCUACAGAUAAUGGAUGCAUUUUUACAUCUGCUGUGUUUGCCUUUGGAUGGCAGUGUUCUCCAUGUAGCAAGUACAGUAUGGACUGCCAUAUUUUUGGGACAAGACCCUGAUAAACACAGGUAUUUAAGCGAGGUGCAGAUACUGGAGUAUGAUCAUCUGGUUGGAGCAGUCAAUUAGGGUGGAUUCCACUGGUCUCUUAUAGUUGUGCAACCGAAAGACAACAAAGUAUUGUACAUAAAUCCGAUGGGGGAGCAGAAUGUUUCCCAGCAACAGAUCCUGCAACAAUGGAUAAUUCAUUGGAGGUCAUCUAGAAGAGAUAGCAAGUAGCCCAUCAGUCGAACAUGAGAACUCGGACCAGCUGGCUAACAACCCUGCCUCUGCCAUGGAGUUGGAAGGGGGAGACACUGACCCAGUAGUCCAUCAUGUGGCAACAACUAGGAACUCGGACCAGCUGGCUAACAACCCUGCCUCUGCCAUGGAGUUGGAAGGGGGAGACACUGACCCAGUGGUCGAUCAUGUAGCAACAGCCAGGAACUCGGACCAGCUGGCAAACACCCCUGCCUCUGCCAUGGAGUUGGAAGGGGGAGACACUGACCCAGUAGUCGAUCAUGUGGCAACAACCAGGGAGUCAAGAUAUCCAGCCAGAGCGAGUACAUCAAAGAGAGUACUGGCAGUGUGAAGGAUGCUUUAAAUGGUUCCACCCGGAAUGUGUUGGUGAGUCAGUGGAACCAGAAAAGUACAAGUGCGCAUCAUGUUCACACAAGGUAUUGUUUUUUGUUGUUUUUUUCACUUACCAAAACCUAUUUUAAAAAAAACGCUGUUUUACAUGGAUUUGUAUAUUGAUAUAUU